AUACAAAAAAAACAAAAAGUCAAAAUUGUUGUAAUUAUAUUACAAUAAAGCAAAAGUGGCUUGGUCUGUUGUCUGCUUGCCAAAAUCCGAAGGGGGGCUAGGCCUUCGAAGAUUCACAGAGUGGAAUGUUACACUUAGUCUAAAGCUCAUCUGGCUCUUAUUCUCUAAUAGUAACUCUCUUUGGGUCGCUUGGCAUAGACAUUACUGGUUCAUAAAGAAAAGAUUGCAGGAUACUUGGAAUUGGAAGUGCCUCAUACGCCUAAGACCACUCGCAGAACGUUUUAUUAAGUGUUAUCUUGGUAAUGGGUUGAAUGCAAGUUUCUGGAGGGACAAUUGGUCUCCUUUUGGGCCACUGAUUAAGUUUCUAGGUGAAGAGGGUCCAAGGAGAUUGCGGAUCCCUGUGGUGUCCUCUGUUUCUAAAGCUAUUGUGGAAAAUAGUUGGAUUUUGCCAUCACCACGUUCUGAUGUUGAGCUUCAAUUACACACUUACUUAUCAACUAUUGCCCUUCCAUUGCAAACGGACUCGGCAGAUUCCUAUGGUUGGGUUGUUCAAAAUGUGGAUUGUAAUGGUUUUUCUUCCUCUAAAACAUGGGAGGUCCUGAGGAGAAGAGAAGACAAAAAGGAUUGGGCUCCUCUUAUCUGGUUUAAAGGUGCAACGCCUAGAAACUCAUUUCAUAUGUGGAUUUCAAAUCUCGAUAGGCUGCCUACUCGUGCGAGGUUGGUUUCUUGGGGUCUGCAGAUCUCACCUCUCUGUUGUUUAUGCUCUCAGUCUGUUGAGACCCGGGACCAUCUUAUUCUCACUUGUGGAUUCAGUUCUUCAAUCUGGAACAUGGUGCAGGCUAGGCUUAGGUUGCAGCCUGUUCAGUUCAGAGUUUGGGAAAGCUUACUAUCUUGGAUCAAGUUAAGUACGGCCUCCUCUCCUUCCAUCAUUAGGAAGCUUGUUGCUCAAGCCACUGUUUGUGCUAUUUGGAAGCAGAGAAACAACCUUUUGCAUAACUUACAAGACAUUCUACCGUCUAUCAUCUUCAAGAAUAUAGACCGUGAGAUCAUCAAUUCCAUCAACGCAAGGUGUCAUCGGAGAAAGUUUAGAUCGCUUAUGAGAUUGUGGAUCAGAUAGUUCUGUCUUUUGGUUAUUAUAAUUGUUUGCUUCCUUGUUUUUUCUUUCUUUUUGCCAAGGAACCAAAGCUUUAGGUAAUCAAAAAUAUAAAUCCAACUCUAUUUCAUUUUAUAUGAUAUUUACUCACUUAGCAAAAAAAAAAAAAAAAAAGUUAUAUUACAAUUUGCUGGUACUAAUUAAUGACUUUUAUUUGUAUGUUUAACUAGAGCCCAACCCAAAUUUAUCAAACGCACAUUUUUUUUUGACA